UUUUAAGCUUUUGAGCGAUAAAGGAUUUGGGACAAGAUGAUGAGUGGGGCUUCACCUUCAGCGCCUCCCGCGCCAUGUUCUUGUUCCUUGUCCAAACCCCAACUUCCUCUACAUCUCUUGUCCUGGAAUUCAGUUGUGCCUUGUACUUCAUCAUGUCCCAAGCUCAAAGGCUUUAGAUUUGCCAGCAAAAGGGGUUAUCAGAACAUUGGAGUUCGAUGCAAUAGUAGCAUUUGGCCUGGUGGUCCCGGCUCUGGCGACAGUGACAGCAGGAGCAUUCUGGAUGCAUUUUUCUUGGGAAAGGCACUAGCUGAAGCUGUAAAUGAGCGUAUUGAGUCCACAGUUGGUGAGUUUUUAAGUACUGUCGGUAGAGCGCAAGCUGAACAAAGAAAGCAAGUUCAAGAUUUCCAAGAUGAAGUGUUGGAAAGAGCCAAAAAAGCAAAGGAAAAGGCAGCACGAGAAGCCAUGGAGUCACAAGGGCUGAUUUCCGAGUCUUCAGCGGACAGAGAAGUCGCAGACUAUGCUGCUACCAGACCUUCAUAUUCUGCCACGGAAACUGUUGCUUCUGUCCAGCCUAGCCCUCCGGAUGAAACAACUAAUGAUCCUGAGAGAGAGGAGCGACCUGCUUUGAAUUCUUCAACUGAUGACUGAUUUUUCAUCCAUGAAUGUACGAGAUACUGAAACUAUGCUAUAUAGAGGAUAUGCCUCUGCAGUGUAAUUAAGUUAUCAAGAUGACAAGUUUUAUAUGUUAUUUCUUUCGUUAGUGAGUUAAUCCUUGUAGUUCCAAAGAAUUUUAAAUUAAUAAGCUCUUAUAGUUUUAAAAGUUCA